ACCCAAACAAUUCCUAGAUCUCGAAUGGUCGAACAACAUACAACUAAAAAUAAUUGAUGAAUCCGAAUCAAAGAUUACUUGAUUAAAUAGUGAUAGAUUAGCAUCCAGGAUUCCCGAAACUACAGGGGAUGUUAUCGAAUCGACCCCCUGUGGAUUUUGACGCAACAUGGAUUGUAUAAAACCCUCCACAGUCCUGAGGAAUUUCCAUAGUUUAAUCAUGGAUAGGGUUAUUCUUGUGUCUUGUGCUGUGAUUCUCGUAAGCCAGUUCUGUUUCGAAGUGAUUCUAGCAAGUCAAAGGUUUGAUGGCACUUCUGGAACUAAGGGGAUAGAUGAUGACAAAUAUUCGUUGUUCACUUCCCGACUGGGAAGAAAAAAGAGGAAUUCCAAAGAAGAAACAUACAAUAAACCAAGUGAACAAGAAUUGGCAGAAUUAGUGGAAGCAUAUGAGGAUUCUCCACUAGCCCUAAUUGCAGUCAAUGGAAAUGACAAACUAGUAUGCAAAAAUAUAAAAGGUAAACGAAGCAGCUUUACGCCACGACUAGGUAGGAAUAUCGAUGAUGAUCUCUCAGGAGUCUCAGGAAACGAGAAAUGGCUACAAGAUGAUGACAAUUCAGCUGAGUAUGUGAUUCAAAGAUCCCCACCAUUUGCUCCUCGCUUAGGAAAACGAAUGUCAACUCUGUAUGCACCAAGACUAGGAAGGGAUUUAUAAUACAUGUAAACCCUUGUUUGGAAUAGAAACACUCAAUGAAUAUUCGAUAUUAAGAAAAAUACAUACAUACCUAAUGUAAUUCAUGUAAAUUGAACUUUCCUAGUGGUCUUAUUCAGUGAUCAUUCCUAAGUAUAUUCCAAUAUGCGAUUGGCCUCUAUUUGAUAUAUUGUAUAGGAAAUUGCCUAUUUGUUUCUAUAUAUAACUUAAAAUACACUAUUUUGUAGUGAAUUGCGUUUCUUGCAUUCUGAUCC